AUGGGAUAUGUCUAUCCCAGCAGCAAGUCAAAGACCCAUCCUCUGUCCCAUGUCAAGCACAGCUCCAGUGACUGGUCCAUCGCUUCAUCAUCGUCUUUGAAUCGAUUUGAGGAGCUUUCGUCCAAAAUCACCUCUGAGAAGGAGAUCCUGGCUUUGUUUGAAAAAAUGAUGGAGGACAUGAACUUGAAUGAAGAAAAGAAGACCCCAUUGAGAGAGAAGGACCUCAACACCAAAAGGGAAAUGGUCAUUCAAUACAUGUCUACUGCUGCAAAAACGGGAAGUCUGAGGAGCAGCCAUCAGAUUUCUCCACAAGAGUUUGUGGGAGAGCUGAAAUCGGGAGUGAUGGAUGAGCGUUUGUUUGCUUGUUUGGACUCUCUGCGGGUGUCUCUCACCAGUAACCCCGUGAGUUGGGUGCAGAGCUUUGGACACGAAGGUGUUGGUCUUUUGCUGGACAUCCUGGGCAGGCUUCUGCAAAGAAAAACGCAGGAGAAGAUGGACAAAAGGAAUCAACACAAAGUUGUACAGUGUCUUAAAGCCAUCAUGAACAACAAGUAUGGCUUGGAUCGUAUUUUGGCAGAAGAGAAAAGUCUUGCCUUGCUGGCAAAAGCCAUUGAUCCCAGUCAGCCUGCUAUGAUGACUGAUGUGAUGAAGCUGCUCUCGGCCAUCUGCAUAGUGGGCGAGGAGAACACUUUGGAGAAGGUGCUGGAUGGCAUCACAACAGCCGGUGAAUGGCGGUCCAUCGACAGAUUUAGUCCCAUUGUACAGGGACUGAGAGAUCGCUCUGUUCAAUUGCAAGUGGCGUGCAUGCAGUUUAUCAACGCACUUGUUACCUCCCCGGAUGAGCUGGACUUCAGGCUGCACCUACGAAAUGAAUUCAUACGUUGUGGUCUCAAAAAGAUCUUGCCUCAUCUGGCAACCAUUCGGAAUGAGGCCCUUGACAUUCAGCUAAAGGUGUUUGAGGAGCACAAAGAAGAGGACAUGAUCGAGUUUUCACAUAGGCUGGAAGACAUCAAGGGCGAGCUGGAUGAUGCUGGGGAUGUGUUCAGUAUUGUGCUGAGCAUGGUGAAGGACAGCUGCGCUGAGCCAUAUUUUCUCUCCAUACUGCAGCAUCUCAUGCUCAUACGCAACGACUAUUUUGUCAGACCUCAGUACUUCAAAAUAAUCGACGAAUGUGUGUCUCAAAUCGUUCUACACCGAAGCGGUACUGACCCUGACUUUGAAUACCGCAAACGCCUAGAUGUGGACUUCAGUCACCUGUUGGAGGUGUGUAUAGAUAAGGCUCAAAUUGAAGAAUAUGAACAUCAAGCUUCAGAAUGGGCUCAAAAGUUUGAUGAGGAGCUUUUAGGCCGACAAGAGGCAAACGCACAAGUGACAAAGUGUGAAGAGAAGAUUUCUGAGCUCCAAGCAGAACUGCAAGCUUUUAAAUCACAGUUUGGUGCUGUUUCAGUCCCGCCUGUCCCAUCCGGUCAAGUGUUGCCUUCUUCCCCAUGUGAUCCCCGGCUCCAGCCUCCUGUCGGGGCAGCAGCGGGGAAUGCUCCGCCUCCUCCACCACCACCUCCUCCGCUACCUGGGUGUCCUCCUGCUCCUCCUCCUCCUCCUGGUGUGCCGCCUCCGUUUGGUGCUCCCCCUCCACCCCCUCCCCCAGGGUUUGGAGGGCCUUUCGGCUCUCCCACGCCUCAUGUACUGCCUCAUGGACUACUCCCCAAAAAGGAAUUCAAGCUCGAGACAUCCAUGAAACGCCUGAACUGGUCCAAGAUUCGACCUCAGGAAAUGUCUGAGAACUGUUUCUGGGUUGUAGCCGAUGAAGACCGAUAUGCAAAGCCAGAUCUCCUGACCAAAGUGGCGCUUAUUUUUGGUUCCCAAAGAACAGAAAGUAAAGAGUGUGAGGAGAGUGCACCACCGGAGGAGCCACUAAAACCAGAAGAGGACAACCUCGAAGACAAAAAAUCCAUCAAAAAGAGAAUCAAACAACUCAAGGUGUUGGAUCCAAAGAUAGCACAGAAUCUGUCCAUAUUCCUUGGAUCAUUCCGAAUGCCUUAUAAAGAAAUCCGACGGAUGAUUGUGGAAGUGGACGAGGAGCAGCUCACUGAGCCUAUGAUCCAGAAUCUUGUGAAGCACUUGCCAGAGCAGGAGCAGCUCAAUGCUUUAGCCAAGUUUAAGGAUGAAUACUCGAGCUUAUCAGAGCCAGAGCAGUUUGGAGUUGUUAUGAGUAACGUGAAGCGUCUGCGACCGCGCCUCAGCCACAUCCUUUUCCGGCUUCAGUUUGAGGAGCAGGUCGCCAACCUCCGCCCGGACAUCCUGUCUGUCAGCUCGGCCUGUGAUGAGGUCAGGAAGAGCCCUGCGUUUGGACGGCUUCUGGAGUUGGUACUGUUGCUGGGCAAUUACAUGAACGCAGGCUCCAGGAAUGCCCAGUCUUAUGGGUUUGACCUCAGUUCACUUUGCAAGCUCAAAGACACAAAGUCAGCUGACCAGAAGACUACGCUCCUCCACUUCCUGGCUCAAGUUUGCGAGGAGGAAUUCCCAGAUGUGAUUAAAUUCGUUGAUGACCUGGAGCAUGUGGACCGCGCCAGCAGAGUAUCUGCAGAGAAUCUGGAGAAGAGCCUGAGGCAGAUGGAGCGGCAGCUGCUACAACUGGAGAGAGACCUAGAGACGUUAUCGUCCCCCGAUGACCCCAGCGAUAUCUUCUGCUCGGUAGCGCGGGAGCAGUAUGCCAAGCUGGUGAUCAUGCACAGCAACAUGGAGUCACUCUAUCAAAAUCUCCUUGAGUUCUUCGCUGUCGACCCCAAGAAGACGUCUGUGGAAGAGCUGUUCACGGAUCUGUCCAACUUCCGCUCCAUGUUUUCUCAAGCCCUGAAAGAGAACAUGAAACAGAGAGAAUUUGAGGAGAAGCAGAAGAGGGCACGAGCCGCAAAGGAGAAAGCUGAACGUGAGAAACAAGAGAGACAGCAAAAGAAGAGGAGGCUUCUGGAGGUCAAUGCAGAGAACGAUGAGACAGGAGUGAUGGAUAGUUUGCUGGAAGCCCUGCAGUCUGGAGCUGCAUUCAGAGACCGCAGGAAGCGAGCGCCGCGACCCAAAGAAAACCAGCAGAUGACCAUCAGCCCUGGCUCUUUUAGGCAGGUUCUCAGACCUGUCGUCUACGCACCAGCUCAGCCCGCUCGGCGCCCAUUCAUCUUAAUUUCUCCCCCUCUGCCAUCUGCCUCCUAA